GAUUAUUCACUCAACUGACUGCUUUUCCUGAUGAGAUGGGUUAAAGAGCACACUUUGGGAAGCUAGCCAGAGCCAACAUGGAUUCAGACAGACUUCUUUUCUCCAGAAUAGCAGCUGUAUGACUGUCAUGUAUCUGUGAAGAAGAGAAACAUGAUCUUGCACAUGAAUUGUGUUGUGAGCCUCUGAGCUUUUGUUCCUGGCUGGAGCUGAAGACAAGGAUGUAGAGGAGAGCAAAAUGCCAUCAGAUGUGUUGUCAUCAGUAUUUAUACUGCUAUUUUCACUAAACACGUUGUUGGUUAAUGGUAAAUCACCUCCUGGAAAGCCCGUGAUAACCAACUGCCAGUCUUCAGGAAAUGAAACUUUUACUUGCUGGUGGAAGCGUGGUUCAGAUGGAGAUCUUCCUACAACUCACACUCUGUUGUACAAGACAAAUGGAGAAGAACAUGGCCACGAAUGUCCUGACUACAUAUCUGGAGGCCCCAAUUCCUGUCACUUUGAUACAAAGCUCCUCAGUUUUCCAACAUCAUAUAGCAUCACAGUAAAGGCUACCAAUGACCUGGGAAGUAAUGUCUCUGAUCCUCAUUAUGUAGAUGCAGCAUCAGUAGGCAGACCGAAACCUCCCACAGGCCUGUCUCUGGAAGUCAAGCAGCUGAAUGGGGUAACAUACGUCUGGGCAAAAUGGUUGCCGCCUCCGUUGGUUGCUGGUGCGGGAAGCUUGCAAAAACAGAAUUAUGAAUUGCGGCUCAAGUUUGCUGGAGAAAAAGAAUGGGAGGUUAAGUUUGUUGGGGAACAAACAGAAUAUAAAAUCUUUCAGUUACGUCCAGGAGUGAAAUACACUGUUCAGGUUCGCACCAUAACGGAAGUUGGUGAGAAGAGCAAAUGGAGUCCUGAGAUGAGCAUUCAGCUCCCUAAUGGCCAACCUCCAGGAAAGCCAGAGCUAAUAAGAUGUCGGUCUCCCGAAAAAGAAACCUUUACUUGCUGGUGGAAGCCCAGUUCUGAUGGAGGUCUCCCCACUAAUUACACUCUGUUCUAUAAGAGAGAAAAAGAUGAAUUUUACAGCGAAUGUCCGGACUACAUAACAGGAGGGCCCAAUUCCUGUUAUUUUGAUCGGAAGCACACCUCCAUCUGGACAAUGUAUAAUAUGACUGUCAAGGCAACGAACGUAUUGGGCAGUAACGUCUCCUUAGCUUUCUUUGUGGAUGUGGCUCUUAUAGUUCAGCCAAACCCUCCAAUAAACCUGACUCUGGAAUGGGUGGAUCGAGACAGUGGGAAAUACCUCUUGCUGAAUUGGGCUGCACCACCACGGGCAGAUGUCAGAUCUGGCUGGCUGACCCUUGAAUACGAGCUGCGCAUAAAGCCAGAAAAAGGACAAGAGUGGGAAAAUAUAUCUGUCGGACCAGGGACCAAAUAUAAGUUGUUUAGUUUGAAUGCAGGAGUAAAGUACGUUGCACAAGUUCGCUGCCGAUCAAACAAAGAAUGGAGUCAGUGGAGUUCUGAAAGUUACGCUCAGAUCCCUAAAGAGUUCAGACUGAAGGAUAUAAUGGUUUGGAUCUUUGUGGCCUUUUUAUCCUUUGUCAUAUGCUUGAUCAUGGUCUGGACAAUGGCUUUGAAAGGAUUUAGCAUGGUUGCUUGUAUCUUGCCACCAGUCCCAGGACCAAAAAUACCUGGUUUUGACGUCCAUCUGUUAAAGACAGGGAAAGCAGAUGACAUCAUCAGCGCUCUCAGUUGCCCAGUUUUCCCUCUGACAUCAGACUCUGGUGACGAGCUGGAGAAGUGGUUGGUGAUAGACUGCGAAGACCAGGAAUCGAUGCCAAGUAAUGAGAAGAGUCACCUCAAUCAAAAUGCAAUGCCGAUAUACCAGGAAAUAGACAAUGACUCGGGGAGAGGAAGCUGCGAGAGCCCCUCUCUGUUGCUGAAGUGCACGGAAGCUGGAAAUCCCCUCUCUGAACCGAAAGCCCCAGAUGCCGACAAGCUGAAGGGAAGCAUCACUAGGAAAUGCGCUGGGGAAACUCCGGGCAUCGAUCUUGAAGGGCAGCUCCCCUUUUUGAGUAUUGGCCGUCCUAAGGCAUCCACAUGGCCUGGAUCUCAGCUGCCUAACAGUCAGUCUCCCAGUAGUUCCUACAAUGACAUCAUGGAUGCAUGCAAAAUAGCCCUCAGUGCCAUGAAUCUAGACAGGGCGUCCAUUCCGGUGGGGAACAAAGAACAGUGUAAUUCAACAUGCCCUGAAACCGUCGGUGAAGGAAAAACCACCACGCUGCAGGAGGCAGAAAAAUUACCUUUAAAUAUUCAGCAUGAACAAGGGUCGCUGUGGUCCUUUAUGACAGAGAAACUGCCUUUUUUGCCCACCAAGGCAAUGGAUUAUGUAGAAGUUCACAAAGUCAACCACGAUGGAGCUUUGGCUGUAGUGCCAAAACCAAACGGAAAUCUUGACAAAACUGAAAGCUAUCCGGCCCCUGGAGAUCCCAAGGAGUACACCAAGGUCUCCACAGUUGUAGCCAACCACAUUCUCGUGUUAAUUCCAGAUCCCAAGGCAGAACCUUCACCUUCAGUUCAGGAGCCACCAAAGGAACCCUACUGGAGCUCCCAUACAAGUCUGGCAGAGAAAAAUAUGAGCUACUGCCUCCCAGCUCCUAAUGCUUGCCAAAUACAGACUGGUGGGUUAGACUACAUGGAUCCAAAUAAUUUUAUGUGCUCCUUUAAUUAAUUGAAAGGUGGAGUGUCCUUCUUCAGGUAACAACACUACCAGUAAAAUAAACUCUGUUGACACAAAAUCGUCCACAUGCUUGUAGCUCUCACACCUUCGUAUGCUUUAUAUUAAGUCAGUCAGAGACACGCUGAUUGCAGAUAAAAUUAUUUUUCUGAGGGGGAUUUUUUGUGGGGUGGGGGAGUGACUUUACAGCAAACGAAAAGCACAUGGCGUAGUUUUCCAAAGCAAAAACACCCACUUCUGAUGGAUUUAUGAUCAGAAAGGAUCUGUGCAUUCUAAAUCCCAUGUAAAGUGUGGCUGGUUAAGAAGUGGAGGUGGAUCUUAGCAAGUAGGAGAGAAAAUCCAGUCAGAUUCUGGGCCUACUCCAGCGAUGUCCAACCUGCUUUCGGCAAGGUAUGCCGACAUUAAUGUGUGACCAUGACGUGCUUCAACGUGGACUACAAUUCAUGGGCAACCAAAUCAUCACGAGAAGAGGGCACUACUGGAAGCCACGGAGCUGGUUGGAGGGUUUCCCCUCAAAGCCUAAUUGUAUGGCUAUUGAAAGAUUUGAGAUAUAUAAAGCUUAAUAUAUUGAAAGUAUUCCGUACCAGGAAGUAAAA